AUGUGUGCAGGGAAGCUGCAGCGCCUCUUUGCACGUCUUCUAGUGACUCCCGCGUUCACUGUGCUUGUGCGUGCGUCAAGUAGUUUCUUUGGCGGUGUACUUCUGCUGCCACACGAAGGAAUAGAGAAGAGGUUUUGUUGCUGUUUUAGCCUUAGUUCGCGCCUGCAGCCGGGUAGGAUGCCCGUGGAAACGGUGGCUGUGGAUGUGCCCACGGCAGUGUGCGAGAAAACUGCCACGCACGGCCCACGCGGUCCGUGUGCGUCGGGGGGCGAUGAUUUAUGUGCCAUUCCACGCACUGAAAGGCUGCUGCAGGCGAUAGGCGAGAACAGUGAUGGGGAGGUCGAACUUUUCCAAGGAGCACACGCUCGUGGGGCGGCUGCAGCCGAAGCAGGCAUGCCGCAUUCCUCCCAGUCGUCGGGGUCCAACGGCGGGCGAGUACUGCCGCCGAGGACUCGCCCCCUCAACGGCGCUGAGCCGCCAACGUUGAACGCUGACACAUGCGUCAUCCUGCCCUCGCCAAGUCUCAAAGGGGUGGUUGACUUCUCUGGUUGGCAGCUUACCGUACUGCCGUGCGUACACGACAUGGCCGCCAAAUCGAAGCACAACAGUGGAAGUAAAGCGGCAUCGCAGGCGCGAAUGCUGCAGCUCUCGCAUAACUGCAUUACCUCUCUGAUUGCGACACCGGCAUCAGCGACGCGCGUUCAGCCCAUCGCACUCGCGAACUUCACGAAGCUUGUGAUGUUGGAUGUGAGUCGCAACGAGCUGACGAGCCUUGACGGCGUGGAGAAGAUGAAAUCUCUCCGCGUUCUGCAAGCCUCACACAACAAAAUUGUGGAUCUUGAGCCACUCUUCCGUCCUGAUUCCUCUCUCCAGCGGUCCGCGACACUGCGCGUGCUGGACGUCAGCUUCAACCAGAUCCACACCCUUCUGCCGAGCUCAUCGGACACCGCGGAUAGUUCCCUGCACUGCCUGCACACGCUUAUGCUCUCCUACAACCGUCUGACGCAGCUGGGUGACUUGGAGAGGCUCUUCCCCGACGUGCUGGAGCUCCGUAUCAUUCGGAAUCAACUCACUGAGCCGCCGCAAUCUCUUCCAAAACGAAUCUCUCGUCUUGAGCUUCAACAGAACUACCUUGAUGAGGACGCCCAAACCCGCAUGCGCGAGCUCCAGCGACGCAUGCGGUACUUGCGAGAGGUUGAGUUAGGUGAGCAGCGAACAAGACAGGAGGUCGCCUCCGAGACCGACAACACCACUGCUGGUGAAGGCAUCCAAGACAGUGGGAGCGAAGAGGAUGUGACGGAAGAUGGCGAGGUUCACCACGCCGUUGACGAUGAUGACGCAAGUGAGGCCGAGAGUCGAGACACGGUGGAUGCAACUACCCUGCCGUGUAUGGAGGAGGAGGAGGAGGAGGAGGAUGGUCAAGGCGGAGACGCAGGGCAGAUCUCGUUGCGAGAGGUGGGUGCCCAACCCCCCGGACCUCGCGUCCCUUCACACAACACAUUCGUAGAUCCCGCGGUACCGGUUCGGCUGCAGGAUCUCCGAUGGCUAGAAAAUGCCCAGCGGGAGGUGACUGCCAUGCUUGCAAGUGUCUUUGCGACCGCUGCGCUGCAAGCUUCUUAUUGCGUCUCACACGUACGGGUUCAGCCGCGGGUUAACAAGACGGAGCUCACUAGGGUGCUUUCCCUCAUCCAUGAAUUUUAUUGCGGCACGGAGCCAACGGUGCCGUGCAUGCCCCUCUGCUUAGGCGAUACCAAACGAGACGGAGUGGUGCAAGCCGGUGCAACUCUCGCGGCGUUGUUGACGUUGACGGGGAAACCACCCUGCCUAUCACUCACGCAGUCGACGACAGAGCCGCAAGAAACGGUGGAGGAGGUGGGGGUGGUCGAACACGACGUGGAUGGGAAGGAGAAUGCUCUUCCACAGCAGCGGCAGCGAGGGAAUUUGCAUACACUGGAAGAGCGGGCACUGUGUCCCACACCCGCCUCGCUGUUUAUGCCGAAGGGAAAUCUGUUCACACGUGGGACGUGCGGCCGGGAGUGGCUCAUUGGCGAACUGAAGGCACCACUCAACUGGAGUCAAACAAGCCAAUGCCACGGUCUCUGUGGCUCGUACUUGAUGCGACGCACAAGGCAGGAACGGAUUGAUAGACGACGUAAGCCUCCUGAGGUCAGCAAUGCACCGCAAGACGGAAAGGUCAAUUGUGAACGCAUAGUGCUGUGA